UCCCAGCCGCUGCCACCACCGCUGGCUGCACGCGCUUCACUGCCGGAGGUGGAGAGAAGUGUAGGCAGAGUGCGGGGACGCCUGGCCGCGCCCGUGCGCGCGCACCACACCGCCUCCCCACGGCCCUGGCUUGUGGAGAGCAGCAGCAGGCUGGGAGCCCUUGUGAGAUCAGACCGCUCAGCCACGACCAGCUCCGCUCCUACGCCCGCUCCCACCCUUACCCACCCAAGCCUGCGCGCUUCCUGUUAUUUGUGCUCCGUUGGGGGAACGCUCAGCUGGGUUCUUGGAAGAGACGCGGCUGGUUACACCUAGACUCCUGAGAACCGGGGGUGGGGGCUGGGUCCUCCCCCUGCCCCGCACCACCCCUUGGGGGGGCUCGGGGUAUCUGGGCCUCCUGCGUGGGGAAGAGACCCGGCCUGGACCAGGUUCGCCGAGGGAUGAGGACGCUACGUCCAGCUGGGACGCCCGUGGUGCAGCAGCUAGGCCGUGCCUGACGCCUCAUUCUCUCCCGGCGCGCGCGCACAGGGAGCGCCAUCAGUAACCCCGCCUGGUGAGCGAGCACCCUGCUGCAUGGAACGGCUACAGAAGCAACCACUUACCUCCCCCGGGAGCGUGAGCUCCUCCCGCGACUCCAGUGUGCCCGGCUCUCCCUCCACCAUCGUGGCCAAGAUGGACAAUCAGGUGCUGGGCUACAAGGACCUGGCUGCCAUCCCCAAGGACAAGGCCAUCCUGGACAUCGAGCGGCCCGACCUCAUGAUCUACGAGCCGCAUUUCACGUACUCCCUCCUGGAACACGUGGAACUGCCCAGGAGCCGGGAGCGCUCGCUGUCACCCAAGUCCACAUCGCCACCACCCUCCCCAGAGGUGUGGGCCGAGAGCCGGUCCUCUGGGAUCCUCUCACACGCAGCAACUCCGAGAGCCACCGGGACGCCACGCACCAGCCUGCCCCAUUUCCACCACCCUGAGACCACUCGCCCAGACUUCAACAUCUAUAAGAAACCGCCCAUCUACAAGCAGAGAGAGUCCCUGGGAGGCAGCCCUCAGAGCAAGCAUCUCAUUGAGGACCUCAUCAUCGAGUCGUCCAGGUUCCCUGCUGCCCAGCCCCCCGACCCCAACCAGCCAGCCAAGAUCGAGACGGACUACUGGCCAUGCCCCCCAUCGCUGGCCGUUGUGGAGACAGAAUGGAGGAAGCGGAAGGCAUCCCGGAGAGGGGCCGAAGAAGAGGAGGAAGAGGAGGAGGAUGACUCCGGAGAUGAGAUGAAGGCUCUCAGGGAGCGGCAGAAGGAAGAACUCAGUAAGGUGACCUCCAACCUGGGCAAGAUGAUCUUGAAAGAAGAGAUGGAGAAGUCGCUUCCCAUCAGGCGGAAGACUCGCUCUCUGCCGGACCGGACGCCCUUCCACAGCUCUUUGCACCCAGGAACGUCCAAGUCGUCCUCUCUCCCUGCUUACGGCAGGACCACCCUCAGCCGGCUACAGUCCACAGACUUCAGUCCCUCGGAGAGUGAUUCCGGAAGCUCAGGCCUGCAGAACGGAGAGGGCCAGAGGGGGAGGAUGGACCGGGGGAACUCCCUGCCCUGUGUACUGGAGCAGAAGAUCUACCCCUAUGAAAUGCUGAUGGUGACCAACAGGGGGCGCACCAAGCUGCCUCCCGGGGUGGAUCGCAUGCGGCUGGAGAGGCACCUGUCAGCCGAGGACUUCUCCAGAGUCUUCGCCAUGUCCCCCGAGGAGUUCGGCAAGCUGGCCCUGUGGAAGCGCAACGAGCUCAAGAAGAAGGCCUCGCUCUUCUGACCGCCCCUCUUGGCGCCUCUCCUUCCCCUUCUGUGGCCGACCCCUCCCUACUGCUGCAGGGCUCUGGAGCGGGGGCGGGUGGGGGGA